UGUGAGCCACUUAUUGGAGAUAUAGUAAAAAUAUUUGUUUAACAGAUGCUACUUGAACUUGGUGAAUUUCUACAGGGAUGACCAUAUCCACAAAGCAUGAACUAAAUCAAGGGAAAGGAUGAGCAAUGUCACAGAAUUCAUCCUCCUGGGCUUGACCCAAGACCCAGACCUGCAGAAACUCUUAUUCAUUGUGUGCUUAAUAAUCUACUUGAUCACACUGGCAGGUAACAUGCUCAUCUCAGUCACCAUCUUCAUCAGUCCAGCCUUGGCUACUCCCAUGUACUUCUUUUUGUCCUACUUGUCCAUCAUAGAUGGUUUCUACUCUUCUUCCAUAGCACCCAAAAUGAUCUAUGACUUAAUCUCUGAGAAGAGCACCAUAUCCUUCAAUGGCUGCAUGACUCAACUUUUUGCUGAGCAUUUUUUUGCUGCAGCUGAAAUCAUCUUGUUGAUUGCCAUGGCCUAUGAUCGUUAUGUAGCCAUCUGCAAGCCCUUGCACUACAUGACCAUCAUGAGCCGACCUGUGUGUAUAUUCCUAGUGGGUGCUGCUGUAAUCUUAGGAUUCAUCCAUGGAGGAAUACAGAUUUUGUUUAUGGCCCAGUUACCAUUCUGUGGCCCAAAUAUUAUCGAUCACUUUAUGUGUGAUUUAAUACCACUCCUGGAGUUGGCCUGCACUGACACUCACACUCUGGGGCCCCUGAUCGCUGCCAACAGUGGGUCACUGUGCUUGCUCAUUUUUUCUAUGCUGGUUGCUUCUUAUGUGGUCAUCCUUCGCUCCCUGAGGAAUCACAGUUCAGAAGGGCGUCGCAAAGCUCUGUCUACCUGUGCCUCUCAUGUCACUGUUGUUGUCUUAUUCUUUGUACCUUGUUCUUACCUGUACCUAAGGCCCAUGACCUCCUUCCCCACUGACAAAGCUGUAACUGUGUUUUGCACCCUAGUGACACCUAUGCUGAACCCUUUAAUCUAUACCCUCAGAAAUGAGGAAGUCAAAAGGGUUAUGAAGAAGCUCUGGGGUCAAAUGAGGAAAGCUCAUGAUAUGUAAACCUGGUGAUUUGUAUAUUUAGAAACAAUGUCUAAUGCUGUUCCAUGGACAUUUCUUCUCCUUAAAUAGUUAUAAUGAUGAUAAUGAUGAUAGUGGUAGUGGUGGUGAUGGUGGUGGUGAUGAUGAUAGUGAUGGUGAUGAUGAUGAUGAUGGUGGUGGUGAUGAUGAUGAAUUAUAUCUUAUCUAUAUUACAUUUUCAUUAAAUAAUAAUUAUAUAUUUAAAUGGAGUACAUUGUGACAGUCCAUGCAGAUAUGAUCAAAUCAUGGUAAGAAAUGUUUCUAUCCUGUUGAGGUUUGACUUUUUGAUAUGUAUUGUAAUAAUAAGUACUGGCCCCCAAGUCCUGGUUGCUCCCAAGAAUGAGAGAAUCUGCAUGUACCAUGCCUCUUGAUUUAAAACUAUUGGCUAAAUAAAAUUGCCAACAGUCAAUAGCUAAGCAGAAGAGACAUAGUCAGGGUUUGGAGUUCCUGGGCAUGGGGUCAAGAAGAUUGAGGUGACUGAGGAGGUGAAGUGAGGAAAGAUGGCAUAAGGUAAGAAUCUCAAAAUCAUGGUGAUGAGGGCUGGUCAUUUGUAGUUAAGAUCAGCCCAGAUAGAACAUAGUAAGUAAUAACUCACGGUUAUCAAUAAGAAAGUAGAUUCUAAUAGCAUAGAGUGUAGAUACUGCCCUGCUUUAGUGCUGACAAAUAUUUAUCAUAAAUUAAAGGUCACUUGUGUCUUUUAUCUGGGAAUUGAAUAAUCAAAAGUGGGGUAGAGGCCCCUGAUUGGGAUUAAAUAUUUUCAGCAACAAUAUCCCAUUUUUCCUUUGUUUCUUUUUAAAAGCUUUAAACGUUUUUCUAGUUCUUUAAAAAAUACAUAAUAAAUUGAUGUUAACCAUGUUUGUCCUAGUGUUCAGUACGUAUUCCUCCAGUACGCCUGCAUUUUGAUUCCCAUUCUCCAACCUCAAAAUAUUCUCCUCUUUCCAGUCCACCCUG